GAGGAAGUAGCGCGUCUGAGCUCGUAUAUAAGGAAGGAGCAGAAUCGCAGGUCAGCCAGAGGAGCAUUACCGUCCUCACAUCGCCCGCGUCCGUCUCUGACAACAUGCAGCACCUGAUACUGCUCUCACUCUGCCUGCUCCUGGCUGCCAGCGCCCAGGCACAAAAACCACACCCAUGCAAGUCUCCCCCCCUCAUGGUUGGCCGCAUCAGUGUGACCUACCCGAAGGAGGCCCUCUUUGCAUAUGAGCGUUUCACCUACGAUGCUCUGGGACAGAGGGUUCGAGUCAGGGCAGAAGGGUUGUACCAGAACCGUUCGUUCCACGAUGACCUGCUGAUGCUUUUUCGGGAGGAGGUCAUGUACGAGAUAUCUUACCGAAACCAUAGCUGCAAGAAGAGGGCUCUGAAGGCGCCCUUCCAGCCCAUCCAGAUCCCCCGCGAUGCCGAGCUGCAGGCCCAGGUGAUCGUGGGAAGCUCCUCCGGCCCGGGACAGGGGCUGCUGGUCAACAACUGGAUCGGAGAGGUGCCGGAAACCGAAGGAAAGUACUUCAUGACGUUCACCGAGUUCGGCUGCCUCCCCAUCACAAGCCUGUACUAUACCGACAAGACGGGCUGGAUUCUUACAAGCUUCUUUGACCUUGUGAUCGGGAUCGAGGAUCCCCAGGAAUUCUUCCCCCCCGAAUUCUGUGCCACAUCGGCUGCAGUGGAGGAAGGAGACGUGGUGACGGACUUCUUCCAGGCCCUUCUUCGGAGAGACGACGACCAAUAGGAGAAACCGGCAAUGCAAAUCAACGUGCCUCAAAGCAUUUUUUAAAUUCCAUUUUAAUCCAACUUCACAUUAUUACCUACACUGAAUGUGCACUGCCUUUUUAGGUUCACUUAAAAGGGAAAAAAUGAAAUUAUUUUGUUAUAAUCUAGGAAAAAAGACAGAUACUACUGGUUGUAUUUUGUUUUCAUGAAGUGAAAUAGUGUACAAAAAGCAUGUCUUAGAAGGGACUGGAGGUUCAGGCAGAAUUUGAGACCAACAGUCCAAGUCCAUGGUUUACACAUGCAUUCAGACACUGAAUGACAAGGGAAAUGCAUCAGAUAAAUAAUUUCUGUAAGUGUACAGUCUAGCUCGCCCUCUAGAGGGCGCUGUUGUAAUGAAGUCUCAUCAUGAUUCCGCCAAGAAUACCACUUGCUACAGCUCUUAAUGAAUGUUUAAAUUUCCAAGCCUGAUCAUACAUAUUCAUGAAUAACUACUGGAUGCUUAAAAUUAUCUGUCUAUGAAUGUCUAGGAUGGCGUACAGAUGUGGAUCUAAAAGAUAAAGUA